AUGGAGCAGCACGGAUCCGCAAUCAUGUUUCACAAUUCUCAAAUGGUCUUUUGGGUGCUUCUCGUCCCAGAGUUCUGGUGCUUCUUGUACGCCUUCUAUUUCAUCACUUUCAAAAAAGCUGACCGCCCGAGCUGGUCUCAGUUCUUCAUCAUUCUCCUCGUCGAAUUUCUCUACACCGCCGGAAUGGGAGUUUUCCUCUUCAUUGUUGCGCCGGAGGUCUCGAGAACGAUGACGAUUGCGAUGCUUCUUUUCCCGACGAUCAUGCCCAUCAUCAUGCUCAUUUUCGCCCCAACCGAAGAAUCCUCCUUUUGCCUCGGCUGUGGACCGACAACACGAAAAAUCAUCAUGUACUUUCUUCGUUUCUCGCUACUGAUUCUCUGGUGCGUCGGAGUAUUUCUCUUCUUUUUCGGAAUCGAAGAUCCAGUCAUUGCAAUUGUGGCGAUUAUUUGCGUCGCUUUGAUGAGUUUGAUAAAUUGGGUGAAUUUUGCGCUUUGCUCUGGGUCGAAGAAGAUUUUGAGCUUGUCGGAGAAAGUCAGAGGAAUCUCGAAAUAUAAAGACUGCCUUACAGGCCUUCCUCAAAACGCAGAUCUCUCCCUUAUCGUGGCCUACUUCGGCGUCACCCCCUUCCGAAUCGCCGCCAUCGUCGGCUGCUGGUACUUCUACACUUUCUUUAACAACCUCGAAGACAACCCGCUAAUGAGCAACCAAGAUUGGAAUGAAUACGAGCGGAAUUGCGACUGCAACUCUUUCGAUGAUUUCUGGAAUCAUAAAAGUCCCAAGUGCUUCACUACGUGGGUCUGGGUUUUUGGAAUUUCAAGCGCGGUGACGUCGUAUUUUCAAAAAGUUUCCGUCCGGGUUGAUCUUCAAAUCGCUGGUUUUGCGAUUCCUGGCAUUGUUGGUCCCAUCAUAGCGCUGGUCGGAGUCGCUAUUGCUGAUAUGAUGAAAGAAUCCGCCAACGAUGAAAACUUCUCCGUCAGUGUCGAACACAUCGUUCCACUCGUGAUCGGUGCUGUCGGAGCUUUGAGCUUUGGAUUCCUGACUCAUUACAUUUGGCAUCCGGAAUCGUGGAUUUAUCCACUCGAGCGAGAUGUGUUCAUGCUGCCGAGUUAUCGACCCGUCGGUACUUCUACGUUUACCUUGCUGAAUAGAAGAACGGUUGACAUCGAAGCUGAGUUACAGUCAGAAGCAAUGAAGAAAUUUCAACCAGAUCGGAAAUCAAGAUCAACGCGAAUGACAAUGUCUCGAAAAUCCGCUCGAACGACGACAGUGAAAGGAUCAGCUCCGACAUCUGGCAAGAAAACGACUCUUUGGGAUAAAGGACAAGAAUUCCCAAUGAUCUUCAUUUGCACCACUCUUUGGCACGAAGAAGAUUUUGAAAUGGCCACGCUCUUGCGAUCUGUCUCCAAAUUGCUCCGACAUGCGAGAAGAAAAGAAAGAAACAACGAUCCGAAUCAGUAUCAUCUCGAAAUGCACAUCUUCUUCGACAAUGUCUUCGAGACGAAAAAAGCGGACAAAGACGGGCCAGAUGAUUUCCUCAACGCCCCGGAGUGGCUCGAGCUCAACGAUUGGGUCAAGCAAUUCCAGCGUGUUUUCAAAGAAGUCUUGAAUAUCUAUGGAGAUGGAACUUACCUUAGCCCGAAUCAGCUGAAAGAUGGAAAGAUCAUCAGAACUCCUUAUGGAGGAAGAGUCGUUUAUGAAAUCGCUGGAUAUCCGUUCGUCAUUCACUUGAAAGACGCGAACUUGGUCCAGAGAGGGAAACGAUGGUCCCAGGUCAUGUAUCUUUACUACCUCAUCGGUUGGAAAAUCGACGCCUGUCGUCAAAAAACUCCAUUUUCAAAGAAAACCAUCGACAAGAAGAAAUCCUUCAUUCUCGCUCUCGAUGGAGACGUCGAUUUCGACCCGCCAGCAUUUGAACUUGUCCUGGACAGAUGCAUGAGGAAUGACAAAUUGGCUGCUUGUUGCGGUGCUAUUCAUCCGAAAGGGUCUGGAUGGCUUGUUGCUUAUCAGAACUUUGAGUAUGCCGUCGGUCAUUGGCUUCAGAAGUCGGCAGAGCAUGUCUUGGGCUGCGUUUUGUGCUCACCAGGAUGCUUUUCUUUGAUGAGAGUCAGUUACCUCAACAACCCAAAUGUCAUGGCCAUGUACAAAUCUCUCGCUCAAAAUCCGAUGGAAAAGCUUCAAUACGAUCAGGGCGAAGAUCGUUGGCUCUGUACUCUCAUGCUCUUUUCUGGCGGGCGAAUCGAGUACGAAGGAUCCUCUCACUGCAACACUUAUGCUCCAGAAGAUCUUGGAACAUUCUAUAAGCAGCGGCGUCGGUGGGGUCCAUCGACCACGGCCAAUAUCUGGAAUCUCGUUGCUGAGCAGAAAAUGGCUCGAAAGUCGAACCCGUAUAUUUCGGUCCCGUACAUCAUGUAUCAGUUCACAGUUUUGGUUUUCUCCCUUAUUGGUGUUUCAACGACGAUGAUGAUGGUUGCCGAAGCUUUGGCCCUCGGUCUCGGUGGAGCACUCCCGCGAUGGGCGACUUAUCUAAUUGUCAUAACUCCUGUGACCAUUUUCACUUUCGCUUGCUACAUUUCAAAAGACGGGGAGCUUCAGCUCUCCCUGGCGACUUGGUUCUCUCUUAUGUUUUCAUUUCUCAUGGCACUUGUCCUUAUUGGAAUCAUCAUCGAAGGUGUCAAUUGCCCUCUUUCCCCGAGUUUCUUGUUUUUCGCCGCCAUGGCUUUUAUCCAUAUUUUCGGUGCGCUUCUUCACGGUGACAUCUAUGCAAUCAUUUGCGGCGUAAUCUACUUUCUUUUCAUUCCCUCUUGUUUCAUUUUCCUUCAAAUCUACUCGAUUGCUAACCUGAACGAUUGCUCUUGGGGUACUAGGCAGGCGAAAAAAGCAGAUACAGGCAUCAAAAAGACCUUCUGGCAGCGACUUUGUGGCAAAAGUGACGACGAAAUCGCAAAGGAAAACGCCGGAGAUGUGGAUGGAACAAACUGCACUUGUGUUCUUUGCUUAGAUCCAAGAUAUGAAAUCAGAAUUAAAGAUGAAGUGCUUGAUAUGAUGAAAAAUCAUGGAAAACCAGUGGUUGAGGAGCAACCAGCGCCUGCAUCUCAGCCACCACCGCCACCGCCUCCAGCACCAGAACGAGUUGAAAAAGCAGAGCCACGAUUGACCACAGCCUCUGUUGCUUCUAAAGGAACCUUUUUAGCCGUCGACCAAGAGACGAGAAAUACAAUAAACGAUUUCCUUCAUGGUGACAGCGCCGUGCCUCAGAGCAUGCUCGAGCAUUCCGGCUUCAUGGGCGCCCGACAAACAGCUAUCAUCGGCGAUGAAACCGGUAUGAACGCGCAAUACCUUGACCCGCGAGAAUUCGACAAAGAAAUCAAGAACGAGAGAUUAUACGGCGGCUUCCAAAUCAGAAAACUUCGGCAGAUCGGCGCUGAUGACUGGCAGAGCUACAUGAUCAAUCCGAAAACGGGAAAAACAUGUUAUCAAGCAAAACCCAUUGGUUAUUCGGAAGAAUAUACUCUUGGAGACGUUCGGGACCGAGAAAUUAAGCUUUACAAGGAAGUUGGUGGGACGAAUUAUUUGAGCUGGAUUAUUGGCAAAAAUGCGCCCUUUGACAAGAGAUGCAAAGUCUACACGCUGUCAAAUCCCGAGCAAACAUUCUGGGAGACUAUGCAAGACCCGACAGAAGGUUACAUAGGCAUCAGAAACAAGGGAAAGAACUUCCAGAAAAUCAAGGAGCACGAAGCCUGGCUUGCAGAAGAAAUGUCAAACUUCAGAGAUGAAAAGUUUAUGUACUACAUUUUCAUCAAUGUCAUGUGGAUCAUCAUUUCCUGCGUGAUUCUGAAGUACUCUUACAUGUUGAUGUCAAUAGAGAUUCCGCUUGGGGACAUAAGCUUGCCAGGAUGCGGAGAAGUCGUAGAAGACGAAUCACCAGAUGAAUUUAUGCGAAUGCGAGGGGCAUAUUUCAAAAUGAUUCCAACCAACCGCUCACGAAGUAUGGCCGGACCGUCAUUCAAAGAUAUUGGAAUAGGAUUUCCUGAUUACGGAAACGGCAAUUCUGACGAUGAAGAUCAAAGAGUCCUCGUUCUUCAGCCGUUUUCACUGUUUUUCCUAUUCAUUUACAUUGUCAUCAUUUUCGUCCAGUUUGGCUGCAUGCUAUGGCAUCGUUUGUCGACAUUGUACCAUUACAUUGCCUACAUCGAUGUCAAAAUCGAAAAGUCGCUUGCUGAAGAUCAACUCGAGCUGAAAGAAAACAUCAUUCAGAAACAUCGACAAGAAAUGGACCGAAUGCUAGAAGAAAGCGAAUUCGACGAUGAUGAUGAUGAAGAUUACGAUGACGAUUUCCUCGACGCAGAUGAUGAUGAAUUCGGCAUGCUUGUUGAACAGACUAACGAAUUCAAAUCGCCAUACGAAGAGCCAGAUGAUGAGUCGGACGAGAACUCAACGAAAAAUGUGACGGGCAUUGGUGUGGCUGCAGCAACAGUUGCCGUGAACUUUUCAGGAGACGGAGGAGGAGGACAGGACUCGAUCAGAAGCAAUAAGCAGAAGAAACGAGUGACUGGAGUCGCCGUUGCUGCUAAAGGACUCUUAUCCGUUCCCGACGAAGAUGAACAAGGUCUUAUCUCGAAUCAAUCCGCCUUUACGAACUACGAAUCAAUCAAAAAUCCCUACGAGCAAAUGGAAGCUGAUCGAGCACAGGGCAAGUCAAAUCCAGCAUUUGACGGUGGCGAGGUCGAAAUGCAAGAUCUAACUCCAACAGGGUCUGAUAAAGGAGAAAAUGAAGAGCGAAUGGAAGAUGACGAAAAUGGUCAUAUUUCUAUUCCUCCCAUGAUUCAGAUGAGCAUGGAAGAUAAGAUUCAACAAGAUGAAGACUUCAACGCCCAAAAUCCUUACCAUUCUCCUGGAGGAACUGCCUUCUACUCCGGCGAGCAUCAGCAAGUCGAGCAGCCGCCGAUCCCCCCGAUGCCGAUUGGGGUCAGCAAUCCGAAAGAUUGGGUAGACUUUAUGGACCCCGCGGAGAUCAGGCGAAAAGUCGAAGCAGAUAAAUUGGAAGUUCAGAGAAAACUGGAAGAGUUUUCUGCAAUGAUGCUCGCGAAAGAUACAGUCAAAGCUGAGCCAGAAGCAAACUCAGGAAGCUCCAACUCCGUCAUGGCAGAAUCCGAUAGUCCUCAGAAAAAUGGAAUACGAGCUGCUUCUCCGAGCAACAUCAUGAAUCCCUUUGAAAUUCCGGGAAUGCCUGGUGAACAGGAUGCAUAA